CCCCGAACACUCCCCCCCCCUCCCCUCCCUCCCCCUCUCAACCGAGCAACCAUGCAGCUGACCAAGACUCGCCUGCCGCGCGCCCUGCUCAUGGCCCUGCUGGCCAUGCUGCUGCUGGCCGCCACCGCUGCCAACGCCGCGCGCAUCAGCCGCCGCGACGACGAGGACGACGAUGAUGAUGAUGAUGAUGAGCACGGUGGCGGCGGUGGCGGCAAGAAGGCCGCCAAGCGCGCCCGCAAGGCCGCCAAGAAGGCCGCCAAGAGGGCCCGCAAGGGCAACAAGGGCGGCAAGAAGGGCAAGAAGGGCAAGAAGGGCAAGAAGCACCCUCGCCCCACCAGCAGCCCCUCCACCGGCGGCGGCAACGAUGGCGCCUCCUGCGCGUGCCAGCGCAACGCCCUCUGCUUCAGCAGCGUGGCCGCCUGCCAGGCCGGCACCAACCCCGUCAGCUACCCGACCACCGCCCAGUGCGCGGCCAACGGCCUGCAGGUCUUCGCCUGUGCCGAGGAGCCGAACAACUGCAAGUCCGUCACCAACUGCCAGGGCAGCGCCACCGACGACCCGCACUUCGUCGGCUUCAACGGCGCCUCCUACUACUUCGAGGGCUUCGCCGGCCACGACUACAACAUCAUUUCCGAUGUCAACUUCCAGGUCAACGCCCAGUUCAUCCGCCUGCAUGCGCUCAAGGGUACCUACAUGGGCCGCAUUGGUAUGCUCAUCGGGUCCACCUCCAUCGGCUACGACCCGCACUUCGGCACCUUCGUCAACGGCACCCAGGUCCCGUCUGGCACCAUCGAGCUGCCCGAGGCCGAUGUCGUCGUCGAGCAUGUCGAUGGCCGCCACCGCCUCACCGUCCGCACCGACAGCUGGCAGAUCGUUGCCCGCACCAAGGUCGAGAAGGGCCUCAUCUCCGAGUCCUACGUCAACCUGGCUGCCAGCCUGGUCGGCCCGCCCACCAACCCCCACGGUAUCCUGGGCCAGACCGCCCGCUUCAUGCUGGACCCGCGCCUGCCCCAGCGCGUGUCCACCUUCGACGUCGACGGCCAGGAGAACGACUACGAGGUUCGCGAUGGCCUCUUCGGCACGGACUUCACCUACAACCGGUUCAACCCGCGCCUGGCUUCCAUGCGCGUCGGCGUGACCGCCGGCUCCGAGCCCGGCCUGCGCCGCACCGGGCGCACCCUCUUCGAGGCCGGUGUUGACAUGUAGGCGGCCUCUGUGUGCCCCUCCCCGACACCGGGGUCGGGUCCCCCCGCGAGCGCGUGUAUGUGCAUGAGGGUGGAGAAGAAGAAUCCGCGGCCGAGCAAAACCCCACCACCACCACCACCACCAC